AAUGAAGAUCGGCGGCAUGGAGCAGUAAUUUUGCAUGCUUUCUGUGCUGUCUACAUGUUCUAUGCUUUGGCUAUUAUCUGUGAUGAUUUCUUUGUUCCUUCAUUGGAAAAAAUUUGUGAACGCUUGCACCUCAGUGAAGAUGUGGCAGGGGCAACGUUCAUGGCAGCUGGCAGUUCUGCUCCAGAGCUGUUUACAUCUGUGAUAGGUGUGUUUAUUACAAAAGGAGAUGUAGGUGUUGGAACUAUUGUUGGCUCUGCAGUGUUCAACAUCUUGUGCAUAAUUGGGGUUUGUGGCCUAUUUGCAGGACAGAUAGUUGCAUUGUCUUCUUGGAGCCUCUUGAGAGAUUCAGGAUAUUAUACCUGCUCAGUUGCUGCACUUAUUUUGUUUAUUUAUGAUGAAAAAGUUGCUUGGUGGGAGUCCUUAAUCCUAGUGCUGAUGUACUUCAUAUACAUUCUUAUCAUGAAGUUUAAUUCCAGUCUUCAGCAUAUGUUUGAACGGAGGACAAAAAAUGUAACAAAUAUGGUGAAUGGAUUAGCAAAUAAUACCGAGAUGGAUGACAACAGCAAUUGUGAUGCUACAGUAGUAUUACUAAAGAAAGGAAAUUUCCACCGCAAAGCCUCUGUAAUCAUGGUGGAUGAGUUGCUGUCUGCAUAUCCACACCAGCUAUCCUUUUCAGAGGCUGGACUCCGGAUUAUGAUCACAAGUCACUUUCCUCCCAGAACCCGGCUCUCCAUGGCUAGUCGCAUGUUGAUCAAUGAGAGGCAAAGAUUAAUCAACAGUCGAGUGUACACCAAUGGAGAAUCAGAGAUAGCCAUCAAGGUCCCUUUCAAACAUACCAUGGAGAAUGGAUCAGGGCUCAGCAACUCUGCUAAAGGAAGCACAAAUGGAACCGGGAGAGACGAGGAGGCUGCUGAGGGUGGCAGUGAAACAGAGAAUGAAAAUGAUGACAAUGAAAACAAUGAGAAUGAUGAGGAGGAAGAUGAUGACGAUGAUGAUGAUGAUGACCAAGGUCCAUACACUCCCUUUGAUCCGCCAUCUGGGAUAAUAGAAAUUAUCAAGUGGCUCUUCACCUGGCCUCUGUCUUUGCUCUUAUACUUCACGGUGCCCAACUGUAGCAAACCCUACUGGGAGAAGUGGUUCUUGGUCACUUUUGCUUCCUCUACACUCUGGAUUGCAGCCUUUUCCUAUGUGAUGGUCUGGAUGGUCACAAUCAUUGGUUUCACUUUGGGUAUUCCAGAUGUGAUAAUGGGGAUCACAUUUCUGGCAGCUGGAACCAGUGUACCAGAUUGCAUGGCAAGCCUUAUUGUGGCACGACAAGGAAUGGGUGACAUGGCCGUUUCUAACUCCAUCGGAAGCAAUGUCUUUGAUAUUCUAGUUGGCCUUGGCCUUCCAUGGUCUCUACAGACUCUAGCAGUAAACUAUGGCUCUGUUAUUCGAUUGAAUAGUCGUGGACUUAUCUAUUCUGUGGGCUUGUUGCUAGCUUCAGUUUUUGUCACGGUGUUUGGAGUUCAUUUGAACAAGUGGAAGUUAGAUAAGAAGCUGGGGUUUGUGUGCCUUUCCCUCUAUGGAAUCUUCUUGUGUUUCUCCAUCAUGACAGAAUUUAAUGUCUUCACUUUUGUAAAUUUGCCUAUGUGCAAAGAUCAUUGAUCCU